UCCUCACUUGACCAAAGCUAAAACCCCUACACCGCAUAAGGCCACCUUGUCCCUCCUCCGCCGCAACCGUGUUCUCCUCUCCCUUUUCUUCUUCUUCUUCUCCUCUCUCUGUCUCAGAAAGUGUUUUUCAUUGCACGUUGGAAGCUUGUUAUUGCUGCCAACAAUGGCGGCCUUUGAUCACUUCGGGGGCAUGGACGAUGUUGAACUCAAACCCCGCUUGCUUCGCACCCUUAUCAGUGACCACCUCCGUGACAAGAAGCGACCCUCUUUCAACCCCUCUGCGUUAUCCAAGGUCAUCUCUCUGAUCAGAACACAUUCUCUUUUAUCUGAGUCUUUUACAGAAUCCAUGGCCCCCGAGCUUGUUGAAGAAUGGAAAUCCGCUGUUACAUCAUGGGUCGAACGCAUUGAGACCCUCCUUGAGAGCUCCACGCUAGAUAAAUGUUGGGCAGGUAUAUCUUUGCUGGGGGUUACUUGCGAGCUGUGCAGCGAUGAUCGUUUCGUAGACUCUUACUCUUCGUGGUUCGAUAAGUUGAAGAAAAAACUACAGCCACCAGCAGAUUCGGAUCUAGUGAGGGUGGCUUGUUGCGCUUCAAUAUCUGAUCUAUUUGCAAGGUUAAGUGGAUUUCCUAAGCUCAAGAAAGACUGUGUUGUGAAAGUCGUUCAGCCUGUUUUGAGGAUGUUACAAGAUGACAACUCAGAGGCAAUUUUGGAAGCUGCAGUUCAUGUGUUAUGUACCAUAUUAACUUCAUUUCGAUCUUCUAUUCAACAUCAUGAUAAUGAUAAAGCUGUUGAAUCUGCUAUUGCUUCAAAACUUUUGUCCGGAGGAUUCAGUCCUGAUAUGCUGAAGAAUCUUGUACACUGCCUUGCAUUACUUCCAAAAUCAAGAGGAGAUGAAGAAAGCUGGUCUUUGAUGAUGCAGAAGGUUUUGAUUUUAAUAAAUGAUCAAUUAAAUUUGGCAUUUCAAGGUUUAGAAGAAGACACCAAACGUAAUGAGGUUAGUAGAUUGUUGGUUCCCCCUGGAACACAUCCUCCACCACCUUUAGGAGGACAUAUUUUGGCAGAAGCUAGUAACAAAGAAGCAAAGAGGUCUGAACAAUCUCUAAUGUCUAAUGUCUCAGUGCUUAUGUUUGGCUGUUGCACAAUGCUUACAAAUUCAUAUCCUGUUAAGGUAAACGUACCUGUACGCUCGCUAUUGGCCCUUGUUGAGAGAAUUUUGAGUGUAAAUGGCUCUUUGCCACAAAUGUCUUUUCCAUUCAUGACCUCGAUGCAGCAAGAGAACAUCUGUUCAGAACUUCCAGUUUUGCACUUGUGUAGCAUGGAAUUGCUUAUGGCUGUCAUAAAGGGCAGUGGAAGUGAACUAAUACCACAUGCUGCCUCUAUUGUGCGUAUCAUCACACAGUACUUCAAGACAUGUGCAUUGCCUGAAUUAAGGAUUAAGGUCUAUUCAGUGACAAAGACUCUGCUCAUAUCCAUGGGUGUUGGAAUAGCUAUGUACCUCGAGCAGGAAGUUGUCAACAAUGCUAUUGCUGAUCUGAGCACCAUUAAGAAUAAGAAUAGUGUCACAUUGAAUGGUUCAAAUUCAGACGUCUCUGUUAGAGUGCCACCACCAACAAAUCAUAGAAAAAGGAAGCAUAGCAGUAAUGCUGGGUCUCUUCAGGAGCAUGUCGAAAGUGUUGGUUUAGGAGUGAAAGAUCCCAAGAACCGUCCACUAACUCCAAUUUCUCUGAGGAUAGCUGCACUCGAGGCAUUAGAAGCUCUUGUUACUGUGGCUGGUGCUUUAAGAUCUGAACGGUGGAGACAAAAAGUUGAUAGUCUUUUGAUGGACAUAGCAAAUGAUUCUUUCAAAGAAGGACCAUCUAGUGAAGAAAUAAGUGUGCUUCAGCAAAAGGAUCCUGCUGCAACUGCCGCAGAUUUGCAGCUUGCUGCAUUGCGUGCUCUUUUGGCAUCUUUUCUUUCGUUUGCUCGGGUGCGACCUCCAUAUAUAUCCCAGGGCCUUGGACUAUUCCGUAGAGGAAGGCAACAAACAGGAACUAAACUUGCUGAGUUCUGUGCCCAUGCUCUGUUAACCUUGGAAGUGCUGAUACAUCCUAGGGCACUUCCACUAUUAAAUUAUGACUGUGCAAUUAACAAUGAAGCUCAGCGCAAUUUCCAAGAUGAAUACACUAGCUGGAACAGCGGCGGCGCAUUUGGUUUACCACAAACUGCACCUCCAGACUAUGAAGAUAAUUUAUAUGCUAGUUGGCUGGGAAAUGGCAAUAAUGAAGCUGAUAUGUCAUUGGCUAAAGAGGCAGAACACACCAAAAGGCCUUCUGAAGCUUGCAGAGAUAAUGACCCCAAAGUGCUUUCUGCAAACCUGUCCUCUGACACCAUCAUCCAAGAGAGGAGUGAGAUGGCACCUGAGACUGCCACCGGCAAAGAUGUUGAAAUGAGGACCGAGGAGGGUGCGUUCAGUUUCAUGUCAGGUCAACCCGGAGAUUCUACGGUGCUAUUUAAAGAACCCGUCUCUUGCACCACAAGCAUCCCUGACAUUGACGCUCACUUCGGUGCUGUAGCUACUGAGAUAUCUGAGAGGGUUGUUUCUGACAGUGCCAUGCCUGAUAGGAACAGUUCAUUGAUAGGAACAUCAGACUCCAAAAGGACCAGGGAAUUUGCAUUUAAAUUAGAUUAUGGCAGCUCAGAGGCUGAGGAUGAUCCUUUUCCUGCUAUUGUGGAUGCAGACCCAGAUACAGACUCUGAAUAAGGGGGAGAUUUUCUUAAUUGCUUUUUGAUCCAAAGAAGCAUAAAGAACUGUAGUUCAUAAAUACCUUGUAACUUGAGAACUUUUGUAAUCUGUUAUACUAUCUGGUUUUCCUUAGGUAAUGCGUUAUGCAAAUUUUGAAUGACCAAGGGAAGUGUGGAUUAUAUAUUGCGGAAUAAUAUUUCAUGUAAUUCCCGAUUAUAAAUUUUGGGAUUUAAAUUUGUUUAUAUCUCGGGAAGUUAAUUUCCAGAACUAUGUUUCAGUGAUAUGAUAUUAUUCUGGUAUUGGGUCUGAUGCUAAAAA